CCUUGGUUAUGUUGAAAAUACAUCGGUUUCAAACUGUCCUUAUGAAAUUUGUGGAGCAACAUUCAGUGGCAAAAAUUCUUGUUAUUUCAUUGAAAUGCCUCUAGAAAACCAAGUAAAAAAUUUGUUUGCUCAAAAUGGAUUUUACAACAGUUUAGGACAUCGAUUUAAUAAGACAAAAAGCACAAGAAACUCUUAUGAAGACAUUUAUGAUGGGCAUUUGUACAAAAAUUUAUGUGAGAAUAAUGGAGUCCUCAGUUUUCAAGAAAAUAUCUCAUUUACGUUUAAUACUGAUGGGGCACCAGUUUUCAAAAGUAGCAAAACAUCUAUUUGGCCUAUUUAUUUGAUAAUUAAUGAACUACAAGCAAAGGAUGAAUAAAGAAAACAUGAUUCUGGCAGCACUUUGGUAUGGAAAUAAGAAACCAUCGAUGGGAACGUAUCUAAAACCAUUUUUACAAUCUCUGAAAAAAUUAAAUGAAGGCAUACAAUGUGAAUCACCAGAUAAAGGCAUCUUUGUAUGCAAGGGACUCUUGCUUUGUGGAACAGCUGACCUCCCAGCCAGGAGUUUGCUCUGCAACCACGUCCAGUACAAUGGUGCAUUCUCUUGUUGGAAAUGUGAACAGGAAGGCGAAUCUGCAUCUGUUGGUCGUGGCCAUGCUUGCAUAUUUCCUUUCGAGCAUCAAAAUCCUAAAGGGCCAGAAAGAACAAAAGAAAAUGUGCUUCAACACGCAAGAGAAGCAGUAGACCAUCAGCAAGUGACCAUGGGAAAACCCGUGAAAGGAAUCAAGGGUCCAUCAUGGCUACAUUUCGUUCCGCACUUCAACAUUGUCUCUGGAAUGGCAAUAGAUUAUAUGCACGGAGUGCUUCUUGGAGUUCAGAAGAUGAUGUUGGAAUUGUGGUUUGGAGCAAAGUACAAGGGGAAGGAUUUCAACAUAAAUAACCGUGUGUGUGAAGUUGAUAACAGACUUCAGAGCAUUCGUCCAACACUUGAUGUUACUCGCCUUCCCCGUUCAAUAGAAAAGGAUUUAAAGUACUGGAAAGCAUCAGAAUUUAGAUCUUUUUUGUUAUAUUUUGGAGGUCCAGUUCUACAUGGGAUUUUAGAUAAGGAUCGGUUUUCCCAUUACCUUUUGUUAGUAGACUCAAUGCAUAUUCUUUUAAAGUGUGGGUCUACUGACAAGGAUUUAGACAAAGCAGAAAGUCUCUUGAUUAGGUUUUGUAGUCGUUUUGAAAAUCUGUAUGAGAGAUGUUUUUUAAGACUUAAUGUUCACCAACUUCUUCAUUUACCAGACUGUGUCAGAAAUCUUGGACCUCUGUACACACACAGUUGUUUCUCUUUUGAGAGUAAAAAUGGGAUAGUGCUAAAAAUGAUCAGAGGAAGUCAAAGUAUUGAUACACAAAUAAUUACUGCGAUAUCAUUUAUUCAAAAACUGCCAGAGUUAAAGCAAAAGUGCAUUGUUAAAGAUUCAGAAAUAGAUAUGCUAUGUAAAAUU